AUGCAGAUUAUCGUAUCUCGCUGUGCAGUCCUUAGCGUAGUUCCCUCCAACUGUGGAGGCCCGAACUUUGUAUCUUCGACUGGACCCUCCUAUCCCUCAGCUUCGUCUCACUUCUUCCCCUUCAAUCAAGUGCAUAAUAUGCCUGGUGGCCUCGGUCAUCUUGUUGCAAUGGUUUCAAGUCCAGGGGGCGCUGGAAUUACCGGCUCAACUGCAGGGUUAGACGAUCCACCACGUGGCAUCACAUGUUCUAAUCUGGCCAGCUACGAGUACUUGACCUCGGCUGCCGCUGCAAUGACAAUGCCUCCCUUGCCCGAAUCCGAGCCACAGCGCCUUGAGUUAGCCGGUCGAGUACUCGAUUUUCAUUUCGAUGUUACGUCACCUGCUAACGCCCCUUUAUUGUUACCUGACCUUUGUCUGACACAGAGUGAUUUGGAUCAAGUUGCUGAGGCAACGAUGAUAGCGGCAAGCCCAGCUGGACAUUAUGCUGCUCAAGGGCAGAGUUACAAUCAUGAUAAGUCUUCAGGACUAAGUAGACCCGUUGUGAAAAGUGAUAAGCAGAAAACAUGUAUUACAGACUUCCAACUUGUUUAUGGAAUUCAAUCAUCUAAGGAAAGUGAUGCUUCAUCUAUCGCUGCCCUCUCGCAGAAUUUGUUCUCUUCACCAAGCUCUCAGGUCGUCACUGGAACACUCGGUUCUGAGGCUGUUACGGGAACUAGCUUGAUGGCAAAUCCAGGCCACCAGCUGUUACCAGCCACACAAGCUCUUCUUGGGGCGAACUGGCGUAAUCCAGGCUCUUGUCGGAAAUACACCCUAAUGCCCCUCGACUGA